CGAAGGUGAAGCCUACUUCAGGGUCACUCUGGGCUCGACUGAGUACUUUUCCAUAAUAGACAUCUAUCUCAUAUCAAGUUCAUGGUGAGGAAAUGGCAGAGCAACAAAAGAUGAAAACUUCCUUCCUCUUUAUCAAGCUGCAGUCACCAAGCAAAUCUGCUGAGCGUUCACAAGAGGGGUGUAGCUUGCCAGCAGUGAGCAGAGAAGCAUGUGACACAACGAGGCCAGAUCCUCCUCUGAGAGAGGACACACAUCCUUAUAACAGUAUUUUACAAAGGGAUCAGAGUGCUCUGGAUUCUAUUCCUCACACUGGCGUAUCAUGUGUCAGCAUCUGUAAAGCGAUGAAUAAUGGCACAGAGAGAAGCCCAGUUGCUGCCAAGGCAUAUGCUGUGCCACUCACUACUGCCAGGGAUAAGCACUUCCUCUCUUCUCACGGCACAUCUUUGGGUCAUCAAAUUAACAAACUGACAGCAUACGACACAAACACUCUCCCAAACCAAAGUAACUCUGCCUUGGACAAAAGUUAUUCCCUUCCUCCCUGGCAAAGUUAUGUUUCCAGCUGUUGGAAUACAAUGGAUGAUCAUCAGAACAGUAUUAAUGGAGAAGGGGUAUGGUGGAAGGUAGAGGUAUGUAAACCCACCCUGGUAAAAACAUCAAACAUUUUAAGAAGUCCUGAAUGUAAAAGCUUUCGAGAUGCUGUGGCAGAGAAAACAGCCAAAUUAGCAGGCUUUACUGAAGCAGCAAAGGAAGAAAUUCUUACUGCAAACUACACUGUGCAAGUAACUACAGCCAGUCCUGUGAAACUGGAAAAGGCGGAGAGAUAUGUUUGGGUUAGCAGCACAUCAGCACACUGCCAGAAUGUUGCUAAAGCAAAGUAUGAAUUCUUAUUUGGUCAAGCUAUCAACACAGCUGAUGAGAAAGCACCAGAGAUUGAUGAUCCUGGAAAUACCAGAUUACUCCCUCAAACCACAAGUGUCACAAACGAGUUCCCUGAAUAUGGGACAACAGAGCACAGAGAGGCAGACACAUUUAAAACUUCAUUUAGGUAUGUAGAAGAACCAAGAGACUGUUUAGAUAAAAUGAAGGAACCUGAGCAGCUCUCCCCCUGUGGCCCAGUUGUGCAGAAUGACAUUUUAACAAAAGAGCCCAUACUGUGUCCAGAAGAAGAACUUAAGGAUGUAGCAAAAACAGAAAGUGGAGACUCUAGUUGUGCUUCAGAUCCCAAGGUCUCAUGUGAGGAGAUCAAUGCACAGAUUAUUGCAGGUGGUCAUUCCAUUACAAACUGUACCUCUGUGCAAGGGGGACAUAAACUGGACAAUGCCACACCUAAGCAGGUGGACCAAGGUGGAGAAUUGGUAGCAUUACCAGAAUUGCUAUCACUACCAACAGUUCCUGUCAUCUCAUCAGAAAGGAAAUCUUAUUUAUAUGUUGAGAGGGAGUUAGCUGCAAUUUCAGAAGAAGAGACUCUGUCAGAAUCCUCACUUUCACAAAUUACAGAGAUAACAGACUUCCCCAAUUUGCAAACAAAUAUCACAGUUCAAGGUACAUCCCUAUUAAAGAACAGUAAGUAUAUGGAAGAAGAGGUUAAUGGAAUCCCUGUUGCAAAAAAGGCUGAGGGAGAAGAAGAUUUAAGUCCCUAUCUAGCUGCAUCUCCAGACAAGCUGCUGUCUAAAGAAAAUGCUGCUUUUGUUUAUAUGGAACCUUCGAAGGUACAGAAAGAUAUGGAUAAGGAUAUAUUCUUAUCUAAAGAGGAUGAGAAGCAAAUUGAUACCCAAACACUGGUAUCUUCAGGUACAAGAAAUCACAUUCCAACCUCAGAAAGGACUAGUGGGGCACUGGGAAGCUCUUUGACUUCUUUUGUUCAUGAGCAGUUAAGUAGUUCUGAGUCAAGCCUGAAUGAAGGUGUGGACAAUGAAGUCUUCAUAAAGGAAUCAGACCAUGGCAAUGAAAACCCAGUGCUGGUUCAUCAGAGUCCUAGAAUUGUGGCUGAAGAGAAGCCUAAUGAUGUACUUACGUCAAAAAGAUGCUCAGAAGAUUCUACUGACUUGUAUAGCUCCCAGUUUGAGAACAUAUUGGAUAAUACAUCCUUGUAUUAUAGUGUGGAGUCCCUUGACACACUGUACUAUGAACCUGAUAGUUUCUUUAGUUUUGAGAUGCCGCUUACUCCAAUGAUCCAGCAGCGGAUCAAGGAAAAUACCAACUUCUUAGAUCGGAACAACUCAGAAAGUCCUCAAGAAUACCUCAAGGUAGACCCUGGCUGUGGAAUAACAAUGGGCUACUGCAAUGAUGUAGUUAAUGGUCUGGACGACAGAACAACAUUCAGCAAAACUUCACACAAUGUGGCAUUCUCAGGAAGUGAUGUGGGUUUGUGCAGCAAAGAUUUAGAAGCCUCUUGUGACAUGGGCAGCACUGAAAUCCUUGAAAAAGGAAGCACUGAAAACCUUAGCAAUGGGACCAAUAGUAACAAACAAGCUGCUAAACGUCUGGCUAAACGCCUCUACCACUUGGAUGGAUUUAAACGCUCCGAUGUAGCAAAGCACUUAGGAAAAAACAAUGACUUCAGCAAAAUUGUGGCAGAAGAGUAUCUCAAAUUUUUCGAUUUCACGGGACUGACUCUGGAUCAAUCACUCAGAAUUUUCUUUAAAGCUUUUUCACUCAUUGGGGAAACUCAGGAAAGGGAGAGGGUAUUGGUCCAUUUCUCCAACAGAUACUUUCUGUGCAAUCCAAACAGCAUCUCUUCUAUAGAUGGAGUGCAUUGUCUCACCUGUGCAAUAAUGCUUCUUAACACAGACUUGCAUGGACAUAACAUUGGGAAGAAGAUGAGCUGUCAAGAAUUCAUUGCAAACCUCCAAGGAGUGAAUGAAGGAAGAGAUUUCCCUCGAGUACUGCUCAAGGCUUUAUAUAACUCAAUCAAAAAUGAGAAGCUCGAGUGGGCUGCGGAUGAUGUUGAUGCAAUGAAGAAAUCCCCCUCUGACAAUGCUGAUGAAAAGCCCAAUGGUACACAGUCAAAGAGUGUUAAUCGAAUUGGCAGCAGUAAUCCAUUUCUGGAAAUUCCCCAUGAUCCAAAUGCUGCAGUAUACAAGACUGGUUUCCUUGCUCGGAAAAUACACGCAGACAUGGAUGGAAAGAAGACUCCAAGAGGAAAACGAGGCUGGAAAACAUUUUAUGCUAUACUUAAAGGAACAGUCCUGUAUUUGCAAAAGGAUGAAUAUAAACCUGAAAAGGCACUGUCGGAAGAUGAUUUAAAAAAUGCUGUGAGUAUUCAUCAUGCUCUAGCAUUAAAGGCAACAGACUAUGAGAAAAGACCUAAUGUCCUGAAACUCAAAACUGCAGACUGGAGAGUUUUUCUAUUUCAAGCUCAGAGCACAGAGGAAAUGGAAUUAUGGAUUAGCAAAAUCAACUGUGUGGCUGCAGUGUUUUCAGCCCCUCCCUUCCCAGCUGCUAUAGGAUCACAGAAGAAAUUCAGUCGCCCUUUACUGCCUGCCACUACUACUAAACUGACCAAGGAUGAACAAUUGAGAUCACAUGAAACAAAGUUGAAGCAAAUAUCCACUGAACUGGCUGAACAUCGCUCAUAUCCUCCAGAUAAGAAAGUAAAAGCCAAAGAAAUAGAUGAGUACAAACUGAAGGACCACUACCUGGAGUUUGAGAAAACAAGAUAUGAGGUUUAUGUAAAAAUACUGAAAGAAGGAGGCAAGGAGAUGCUGACCAAUAAUGAAAAUGACAACUCGGGGCUAAAAAAGUCCCAUUCUAGUCCUUCGCUGACCCAGGAUUCAUCACCAUCUAGUGCCAAGGUCAAGCGCAACAUUUCAGAGAGGAAGGACUACCGGCCAGAGACACCAAGCAUUAAGCAGAAGGUUACCUAAAAAGAAGAAUGACAGAAGCGCUGAAAGCAGUUAGCAAGCUCAGAUAAAUAUAUUGUCUGUCACAGUUGUUACUAUCCGUGGUUCAAUCAAACAUCAAAUAAGUCUGUAACUGGCUGGUCCUUGGUAGCAUUUUUCUAUAGCACAUCUUUUAGUUGCUGACUAGUCACAAUAUUGUAGAUGUUUUUGUUCCCAAUCAGCAGAGUGUAGUUACUUUGGCUUCUAACAGCUUAUCCGACGCAGGUAUUGCAUACCCCAGUUACAUGUGGAUGCCUUUUUGGGGUUAAAUGCAUGGUACCUGACCCAAAACCUGCCUCAAGAUUUCCCUUUUCUGUUUUGAGGGAAUGGCUGUUGGUGUUUGACAUAUUGCAGAUCUCUGUAAAAUGGUACAGUUUAAAAAUAAUAGGAAAGCACCUUUCAUGGAAGGUUUACUUUGUUAACUAGAAAAGAAUACUUGGCUAAAAGCAGCACCCAAAGCAUAUAGCAAAUUGGCUCCAAGGGCAGAAAUUUGGCCUGUAUAACUUUUGAUCUUUAUUUCACAGAGCUAAUUGUAUGUAUAAUUGAAGAGAAGCUGUAAAAA